AUGGAAACAAUACUAUUGUUAUUACUGCUACUAUUGACCGACACCGUUUAUGGAGUCACCGAAUGCCCACGUGAGUGCGAAUGUGAUGCGAUACCGCCGAACAACUCCUCGUGGGCGGUUUAUUGUCAUCGCGGUGGCCUCAACGAUUCUCUUUUUGCUGAUAUUUUGAAUCGACUUCCUUCAUCGCUGAAACUACUAGAUGUCUACGCUCCUAGAUGGCGUCCUCCUAACAAAUUCAAAUGGAGCGAUAACCUGAACAGGUUCAGCCAACUGAAGCAUCUUCGCCUAGUGAGGUGCGGUAUUCCUGCGAUGAGUAGAAGCACAAGACUUCCUUCCUUAGAAUUACUCGAUCUCCAAGAAAACCAAAUAGAGCAUGCUACCAUGGGCAACUUCGGAGGAAUGACUAAUCUGCGGUUUCUAGACCUGAGCCACAAUCGUCUUAGCAUCCUUCCAACUGGAGUAUUCACUUUCUUGCACAAUCUGAAGUCCCUGUCUCUUGCGAAUAACACGAUAACGGAACUGUCUGCGAACCUUCUUCGCGGUCUCCGAACACUCAAGUCAUUACGGCUUGACGGCAACCGCAUUCCGAUCAAGCAAAUCAAUGACCUCUUUGCUGACGUUCCCCAGCUAGACGAGCUGCAUCUGAAUGACUGUCGACUAUCCAGUAUCGCCAAUCUGUCAUUGAACGACGUUCCGCAAUUACGUCAUCUCGGACUGGCUAAUAACAAUCUGCGCACGAUACCCACUCACGAGUUACGACAACUGGCACAUUUGGCCGUGCUUGACCUCAGCGGAAAUGACCUUGCCGAGGUUGGAGCAUGCGCUUUUUGCUCCAACAACAUAUCCAGGCUCGAUCUUUCCCAUAAUCGGCUGGGUCUGCAAAAGGAGCCUUUUCAUGUCGAUGCGUUCCGAAAUAUGCCUCUAACAGAGCUAGACAUUUCUUUCAACCAUUUGGAUGAGUUUCAGUCCAGCUCGCUUGGAUGGGCUCAGGAGACUAUCCGUACGUUAAAUGUAGCCGGCAACUCACUUGGAGGCUUUCAUCCGAGCAUCACGGCCACGCUACCUUCUCUGCACACUCUCAACAUGGCUUAUAACAAUAUUGAUAAUAUUCCAUUGGUUUUACCUCCUCAGUUUUAUCACCUAAUAUUUCUGAAUAUCUCUGGAAAUUUGCUCAGCUACCUACCCGACAAUCUACACUACCUACUGCCCAACUUGAAGGAACUGGACAUCUCCAACAACGAUUUCUCAACACUCUCACUGGCUGCUAGCAACUACAUUGACCAGCUGGAAAGAGUGCACCUCGGGGGCAAUCCGUGGGACUGUUCCUGCUCCAUUCAACAUAUCCAGCAACACAUGCGCGAUCGCUAUGCAAUGAGACAUAUUCUUCGAUAUCACGACGCUCGAUGCGCGGAGCCUGCCCUCGUCAAGGGACAACCCUUGCUCAGUGUCACCGAUAUCAACGAAUGUGCGGUGCUCUUCGGUGCUCGAUAUGGUCUUUCUCAGACGAGCGAGCUAUUCAUUCUGCUGGCAGCACUACUCUCAGCUGCCAUAGUGCUGUCCAUAUUGCUGAUCGGUUUGUACUUUCUCAGAGAACGACAAUAUAAAGGUUCCUACGUGACACGGGAACAUUCCCGAACACCACUCACAAUGGCCCACCAUAUCAGCUGCUCAUCGAGUACAAGUGGAGCAAGCGAACCGCUAACCCCACCAGUGCCACCACCUCCACCAAAGGCAACGGCUACCUACUUUGGUAUAUAA